AUGAAAUCAAAUACCAAUAUUAGGGUUUUACUCGUGUCUGGUUUAAUUUUGAUUUUUAUAUUUUUAGGAAUAAAAUUCGAAUUUAUAAAUAAAAAUAAUAAUGAUAAAAUUGGAAUAAAUAGAAAAUUAGAAUUUAGUUAUUUUACUAAAAAUAAUAAUAAUAAUAAUAAUAAUAACUUUAAACAAGAUCAAUUAAAAAAUAAAAAAGAUAAAAGAAUUUUAUUAAAAAAUGAAAUAAUUGAUACAAACAUUAAAAAGAAUAUUAAAAAAAAUAAUCAAAAGAAUAAUAAUGAAGAAAUUUUCCCAAAUUUUAUUUCUAGAUUAUUAAAAUCAAAUGAUGAUAUGGAAAUCCAACAAUUUACAUAUAGAAAGAGUCAUUAUAUAGUUCAAUUUAAAGAUCAUAUAAAUGAUGAAACUAGAGAACAAUUUAAGCAAUUUUUAAUUAAUACUGAUAUUGUGUUAGAUGAACAACCAUAUCAAUCACAUAUAGUUAAUUAUAUACCACAUGAUAGUUUCUUAGUAUUAAUGAAUGAUGAACAAAGUAAUUUAUUAUCAAGUAAAGAAUGGGUAUCUUGGAUUGGUGAGUUUGAACCAUCAAAUAAAAUACAUUUAAAUUAUAAUGAAAAAUCAAUUGGAUUGCCAGUUUAUAUUAAAUUAAGUGAUUCAACAAAUUCAUUAAUUCAAAGAUGGGAGAAUACAUUAAAUUCAAUUUUAACAUCAUAUAAUUCAAAAGUUAAAUUAACAUUAAUUAAUCAAAAGAAAUUAAAAUCAAUUGUAUAUUGUAAUGAUGAAUCAUCAUCACAAUCAUCAUGUUCAUUAGUUAGUUCAGAAAAGUUAGUUUAUCAAUGGAUUUCAGAACAAAGUGAAAGUAAUUAUAUUGAAAGAUCAGAGAAAUUUCAAACUGCAAAUAGAUUAUCACCAAAGGCAAUUUUCGGUACAAAAGAUACAUUGGUUAAUAAUGAUAGAAUUGAUAUUCCAUUGAGAGGUAAAGGUCAGAUAUUGAGUAUUGCCGAUACUGGUUUAGAUGGUAGCCAUUGUUUCUUUUCAGAUUCAAAUAAUCCAAUACCAUAUAAUAGUGUAAAUUUAAAUCAUAGAAAAGUUGUAACUUAUAUUGGUUCUCUACAUGAUAAUGAGGAUUAUGUCGAUGGUCACGGUACACAUGUUUGUGGUUCUGCAGCAGGUGCACCAGAGGAUUCUUCAUUGGCUAUUUCAUCAUUUAGUGGUCUUGCAACUGAUGCAAAGAUUGCAUUCUUUGAUUUAGCAUCCGACCCAAGUAAUAAUGAACCAGUUCCACCAGAAGAUUAUAGCCAAUUAUAUCAGCCAUUAUAUAAUGCAGGUGCAAGAGUACAUGGUGAUUCUUGGGGUUCUCUUUCAAUACAAGGUUAUUUGGGUAGUUAUUCCGAUGAUGCUGGUAGUAUUGAUGAUUUCCUUUACACUCAUCCAGAUUUCAUUAUUCUUAGAGCUGCUGGUAAUAAUGAACAAUAUUCAUCAUUGCUAUCACAAGCAACAGCCAAAAAUGUAAUUACAGUUGGUGCCGAACAAACUACUCACGAAAGUUAUACCACUGAUGCAUUGGAAUAUUCAAAUUUUGAAACAGUAGCAAAGAGUACAUUAAAUUCAUUAUGCCAAUCAUUUGAUGAUAAAUAUUGUACAUAUACAACUGCUCAAUGUUGUACAGAAUAUUCAACUGUUAAAGGUUUAUCAGGCUGUUGUACAUCUUAUAUUAAAAAUUCAUACGCUUCAAUAUUUUCCUCACAACCAGAAUUAUAUAAUGAGAAUAAUAUUUGUUCAUUCUCUUCAAAAGGUCCAACACAUGAUGGUAGAUUGAAACCUGAUAUAGUUGCCCCUGGUCAAUAUAUUACAUCGGCAAGAUCAAAUGGUGCAAAUACAACCGAUCAGUGUGGUGAUGGUUCUUUACCAAAUACAAAUGCACUAUUAUCAGAAUCUGGUACAUCAAUGGCAACACCAUUAGCAACAGCAGCAACAACAAUUCUUAGACAAUAUUUAGUUGAUGGUUAUUAUCCAACUGGUUCAAUUGUAGAAUCAAAUAAAUUACAACCAACUGGAUCAUUAUUAAAAGCAUUAAUGAUUAAUAAUGCUCAGUUAUUAAAUGGUACAUUCCCAUUAUCAUCAACAAAUACAAAUCCAUCAAAUGCAGUAUUUGAUACAUUUGCAGGUGCAAAUUUUGUUCAAGGUUGGGGUUCACUUAGAAUGAGUGAAUGGUUAUAUGUUGAAUCAUCAGGUGUUAAACCAAAACCAUCAAGAUGGGUUGGUAUUGGUGAAUUAGGUAAAGAUAAAAAAGCAUCAAAUUGGAAAGAAUAUAGUUUAUCAACUGGUCAAAAUGUUUCAUAUUGUUUCACAUAUAAACCAUCAUCAUCAGGUAGUAAUAGUGGUGGUAUACCAAGAAUUGUUGCAACAUUAGUUUGGACAGAUCCACCAUCAUAUUCUGGUGCAAAAUUAAAUUUAGUAAAUAAUUUAGAUUUAACAAUGACAAAUACUGAAUCAGAAUUUAUAUUUUAUUCAAAUUCUGGUGGUUCAUCAUAUAAUGGUACAAAAGGUACAACAUUACCACUACAAGAUUCAAUUAAUAAUGUUGAAGGUAUAAUCUAUACACCAAUUAAUACCAAAUCAGAAAUUUCUUUUAGAUUUAUAAUUGCAGGUACCAAUAUACCAAUUGGACCACAAAAUUUCUCAUUUGUAUUCCAUGGUGAAAAUGGUGAAUUUGAUUGGGCUGAUAGUUGUAUGCAAUGUAAUCCAGAUGAUACACAACCUUGUUUCAUUGAAAAUGGUGUUGGUUCUCAAACUUGUGGCGAUGAUUAUUUAUGGGGUCGUUGUUUAGUACAAUCUUGUAAUAACAAUUAUAAUUAUAAUUCAAUCUCUGAUAAAUGUUCAAAAUUCUUAUCAUAUAAUUAUAUCGUUAUCAUUGUUGCAGGUGGUACAAUGUCAUUGAUUAUCACUGUAUUAAUUUUAAUUAAAUAUAUGGAAUAUAAAGAAAAUGGUAAUAAAUUUAGUUUAAAAGAAUUUUUUAGUGGAGUUUUAGGUACUGGUAAAAAUGUUAGUGGUGGUGGUAAAGGUGGUAGUGGUGGUAGUGGUAGUGGUAGUGGUACACUUAAAGAUGGGACUAUUGAUGAUGGUACAGGUAUUCAUGUUAGACCAAAACCAAAAGAUGCACCAGUUACACCACCAGAUCUUUACAGUUUAUUAUCACCAUUCAUUAUAGAGAUAACAAUUUCAACAGCUUGCUCGUUGGUGGCAACAGCAGCAAGUAUCUUACAACCAUAUUAUAUUGGUCAAAUUAUUCAAGAUAUUCCAACAACUAAAGGUAUUGGUGAUUUAAGAGAUCAAUUUAUUAUUAUAUUUUUAUUGGCCUUAUUGGAAUUUGUUUUCUCAACAAUCAGUUCUUGGAUCUCUGGUAUUGUAAAUGAAAAGAUGGUAAUGAGAUUACAAAAUAAAGUAUUCCGUGCAUUGAUUGCUCAAGAUAUGGGUUUUUUCCAAAAGAAUAGUGCUGCAGUUUUAAUGAAUGUUUUAAUCGUUGAUACACCAAUGUUAAGAUCAUCACUCACUGGUAUACUAUUAUCAGUUUCAGUUGGUAUUUGUAAAUUUGUUGGUAGUUUGGUAUUCAUUUUCACAAUUUCAUGGAAACUUUCAUUAGCAUUCUUUGCAACCGUACCCGUAUUGGCAAUUGUAACACAAGUUCAAUCUAAAUUCACUAAAAGAUUAACACGUAGAUUAUUAUUCCACAAUUCAAAAGCAUCACAACAUGGUCAAGAAUCAAUGGUCAAUAUGCAUGUAGUUUCAAAUUAUUGUAAACAAGAUAGAGAGAUUGCAAAAUAUUCAGAGCAAUUAAUGAUGGUUUUCCAAAUUUCAAGAAGAUUAAUUAUUAAUAAUACCUUUGCAGCUUCAAUUAAAUGGUUAAUGGUUGAAUCAUUAGCUUUCAUUAUUCUUUAUUUCGGUGCUUAUCUUGCAAUUCAAAAGCAAUUCACUGUUGGUCUUUUAGUAUCAUUCUCUUUAUACAUUGGUUAUGUAAUUGAUUCUUCAACAACAUUAUUUGGUGUUUAUUCAAGUUAUGUUCAAUGUUUAGCUUCUGCAACUAGAGUAUUCUUAAUUUUAAGAUCUGCACCAAGAAAAAGAACAACUUUAGAGGAAGAAGAACUUGAUAAUAUUAUUGAUACUAAUCAAGAUAAUAAUAAUAACAAUAAUAAUGAUGAUAUUAGUGAUAGUAGUAGUGAUGAUGAUGAUGAUAAUAAUAAUAAUAAAAAUAGUAAAAACAAUAAAACUAAAAGUGGUGAAUCGGAUGAUAGCUCAAGUGAAGAUGCUGAAUAUAAAAAGAACAAAAAUAAACGUAAUAAUGGUAAAAUGACUACAAAACUAUCAAAUUCACCACCAUUAGUAGGUGAAGGUAUAGAUAAUAAUAAUAAUAAUAAUAAUGAUAAUAAUAUAAAUGAUGAUAAUAAUCAACAAGAUCCAAAUAAUAAUAAUAAUGAAAUUGAUGAUGAUGGUGAUGAUGAUGGUGAUGAUGAUGAUGAAGGUGAAGAUGAAAAUAAUAAUAAUAAUAAUAAUGAUGAUCCAAAUGAUAAUAAUGGAAUUGAAAUGUUAACAGAAAAACAACUUAGAAAAAGAAAAAGACAAAUGAAAAAAGAAUUUUAUAAGAAAACUGGUAUUUCAUGUUUAGAAUUAAAUUUAAUUCCAUCAGCUUAUACAGAGUUAACAGAAUGUAGAGGUGAAAUUGAAUUUAAGAAUGUAUCAUUUUGUUAUCCAUCAAGAGCAGAUGUUGGUGUAUUGUAUAAUAUUGAUUUGAAAUUUGAAUCUGGUAAAUGCUAUGGUUUGGUUGGUCCAUCGGGUAGUGGCAAAUCAACAUUGUUGGAAUUGAUUUCCAGAUUCUAUAGUCUACAUCCAUCAGGUGGUAAAAUUUACAUGGAUGGUAUUGAUAUUGCAAAAAUCAGACCAAGUAAUCUUAGAAGUUUCGUUACAAACGUUCAUCAACAUCCUUUCCUAUUCGAUGCUACAAUUAGUGAAAACAUUGGUUACGCAUUGGAUAAUCCAACUCAAGAGGAUAUCAUUGAAGCCGCCAAAUUGGCAAAUGCUCAUGAAUUCAUUCAAUCAUUACCAAAACAAUAUGAUACAAUGUUAACUGAUGGUGGUAAUUUAUCAGGUGGUCAAAAGAAAAGAAUUGCAGUAGCUCGUGCAAUUUGUGCAAAGAGAAAGAUUAUGUUAUUGGAUGAAAUCACUGCUGAAUUAGAUCCAGAAUCUGAAGAAGCUAUCAAUAAAAGUAUUAAAGUUUUAACUCGAGGUCAUACCGUUGUAAUGGUAGCUCAUAAAGUUGCUGCUGUCCGUGAUUGUGAUAAAAUCUUUGUUUUAGAUAAAGGUCAAAUCGUUGAACAAGGUACUCAUAAUCAAUUAAUGGCUAAAAAAGGAAAAUAUUAUAGAAUGUUUGCUUUUUCUGAAGAUGAUGAUUAUGCUCCAUUAUUAGUUUUAUAA